AUGGAUCCAGAAAUAUCUACAAAAGAAGAAAAAGAACGAUUACAUGCUAUUCCAAAAGGUAAACCUAAAAGUGGUCGAACUUGGAAAAUGAAUAAAGGAAGAUUUUCUGCUAUUUCUCGACCAAAAUCUGUCAAGGUGUCAUACGAAGAGCGUAUUAAAAUGAAAACUGAUUUAAAUGAAAUUCGCAAUCGUGAAAAACAAAUGUGGACUGUUGUUAACGAAAAGCGCGAUAAAUUAAAACAGCGACAAAAAGAAAAUAAAGAACGACAACUUAUUAAUGACCGUAAAGGUGAAGUUGUUCAGAUCAUUAAAAAUCCAGCAAAAAUAAAACGCAUGAAAAAGAAACAACAACGUGCUGUAGAAAAGCGUGAUCUUGAUAAAAUAAAAAAUAAAAAAAGCUUAACUAAUUAA